CAAGCAGCGAACCUACAACACACGCCCACGUCGAAUUGAGUCACUAACCCCUUAUAACAAGGGUAAAGAUCAUCAUAACAUGUCACGAACCGACAAGCAGCAGGAAUCACACCGCCGUGCACCGUGUGCGAACCCCGGCAACCCGGUGUUCUCCUGCAUGAUGCAUCCAGCAGACACGUUGGCGUCUUCGGUCAAGGCACAGAGCCCCUUUUACCGGACUACCUCGAGCGAGUACGGAUCCUGCGGCCCAACGCCCGAGUCCUCGCCGUGUGCGUACCACCCGCUGUCCCAGGCAUUCUCCGAGCACCUCGGAACGUGCGGGAUGUACCGGGACAACUCCUUCAACACCAGUUUGGACCGCAGUAGGGUGUAUGACUGCCCCAAUUUACAAAACACCAUCUAAACAGACGAUUGUAAUCAAGCCUCUCUUGUUUCAACUGCAAAACACCCGACUGAAUUCAGAAUAACUGGUCUGAGCCAGUUUCAAGUUCAUGUCUUUUAAUAUCUUACAUUUUUAAAUAUCGUACGUCUUGAACAUUAGUAUUGGUGUUCUUUUGUUUUCUAGAGUGUAAUAAAAUGUAAUGCUCUAAAACGC